AUGGGGGAUUCCGAUAGGGAUUCCGGGGGAGGGCAAAAUGGGAACAACCAGAACGGACAGUCGUCGUUGUCUCCCAGAGAGCAAGACAGGUUCCUGCCGAUCGCUAACGUGAGCCGGAUCAUGAAGAAGGCUUUGCCCGCAAACGCCAAGAUCUCCAAAGAUGCCAAAGAGACGAUGCAGGAGUGCGUCUCGGAGUUCAUUAGCUUCGUCACCGGAGAGGCGUCGGAUAAGUGUCAGAAGGAGAAGAGGAAGACGAUAAACGGAGACGAUUUGCUCUGGGCUAUGACAACUCUAGGGUUCGAGGAUUACGUUGAGCCAUUGAAAGUUUACUUGCAGAGGUUUAGGGAGAUCGAAGGGGAGAGGACUGGACUUGGGAGGCCACAAACCGGCGGUGAAGCCGGAGAGCACCAGAGAGAUGCUGUCGGCGAUGGCGGUGGGUUCUACGGUGGGGGGAUGCAGUAUCACCAGCAUCAUCAGUUUCUUCACCAGCAGAAUCACAUGUAUGGAGCCACAGGCGGCGGAGGUGGCGGGGAUGGUGGAGGUGGAGCUGCUUCCGGUAGGACAAGGACUUAA